CCUCUGAAACAAGCAGCUACCUCACCUUCGGUACUGACGGAGAUACAGCCUGACUGUCAGCCUCUCACCACACCCCCAAAACCUAAGGAAACCCUUCCAGCAGAGCCAUGGACGCCAACUUCAAACCUGAAAAUUCUGAUUAGCGCAGCUAGUCCUGAGAUUAGGAGCAGAGAGCAGAGGAGGGAACUGUCAAACAACACAAGUGAGGUCCUACAGGAGCAUUUAUUGGGAGAUGAAUAUGAAAAAUCUCAACCCAGUCGCAAAGAGAAAAGUCUAGGAUUACUGUGCCAUAAAUUCUUAGCUCGAUAUCCUGAUUACCCCAGCACUGCAGAGAGUAAUUACAUUUGCCUUGAUGAAGUAGCUGAAGAGCUUAAGGUUGAACGUAGGCGCAUAUAUGACAUUGUGAACGUGCUAGAGAGCCUGCACAUGGUGAGACGCCUUGCCAAAAACAGAUACGUUUGGCAUGGGCGACAUCAUCUCUCCAAAACCCUGCAGGCUUUGAAAAAAGUUGGAGAAGAGAAUAAAUACACACAACAAAUUCAGAUGAUCAAGAAGAGAGAGUACGAGCAUGAAUUUCAUCUCGAUGGCGAAAGAAAUGAAGAAAUGGCAAGACCUUUUGGCAUAAAUGAGCAUUCAGAAAUGACUUUUGUCGAGCUCCCAGGAAUGGAAUUUCGUGCUGCAUCCGUAAAUAGCAAGAAAGACAAGUCCUUAAGAGUGAUGAGUCAGAAAUUUGUGAUGCUGUUUCUUGUAUCGACUCCUCAAAUAGUGAGCCUUGAAGUUGCUGCUAAAAUCUUGAUUGGAGAAGACCAGCUGGGAGACGUAGAUAAAAGCAAGUUUAAAACCAAAAUUAGGAGACUUUAUGACAUAGCAAAUGUUCUCAGUAGUCUUGAGCUUAUCAAGAAAGUUCACAUUACAGAGGAGAGAGGCAGAAAACCAGCAUUCAAAUGGACAGGACCUGAGGUCUUGCCGAAUAUUCAGGAUACAAAACUUGAAACAACUUCUACAACCUGUUCCCCACCUAUUUCAGAAUCCAUCACUUCCAAAGAGCCGUGUUCAAAAAACCUUUUUCCUUCAAGAGGAAAGCAAAACUUUACUCGGCAUCCUUCUCUCAUAAAGUUAGUUAAAAGCAUAGAAAAUGACAGAAGAAAGAUACAGUCUGCUCCGACCAGUCCAGUUAAAAUAAGUGCAACAGGCACUGAUCAAAAUUUAUCAGCCUUCCCCAGUCAAACGGCUCAGGUUCCAGCAGUCACUAAACAUCAGCUAGAAGAACAAUCAAAGAAACCGAAAGAGCUGAAAACGAAAUUGUCAGGAUCAGCUUUAGAAUCUAAUGUGUCCUUGCUCGAGAUCACUCCAAAGCCCGAAACUCCUCGUGCUGCAGCAGCGUCCCAGCAACCGCUGGCUGUGAGUCCUCCGAGCCACGGCUCCAUCUCGCCAGUAAUCCUACCUCACGCUCCUUCGGGUGUUUCCUACGCGAUAUAUCUGCAUCCUUCCCAAGCCCAAACUGCGACAACGUACAGCCCAAAUUUCAUGUUGCAGCCUCUGCCGUGUGCUAACGUAACUGGAAUUGAGAGUAUUCAUUCAAAAGCAUUAAAUACAAUAACCACUGAGGAAGGGGACAAUCAGACAGCUACAGGUGAUCUGACAAAAUCCUUGACAGCUAAAGAAAGGCCGCCUAAAAACUCAGAAACUUCAACACAGAAGUGCCUUAAAAGACCACAAGCAUUACAAGAGAAUAAUUUCAUUAAAAGGCGUAGAAGCGAUGAGGAAAGCCUUCAUACUUCUCUGGGAGAAUCCAUUAAAAAUGAACGACCACCUUCCAAGAGCUCACAGAUUAAUCACAAAAUGGACAAUUUCCAGGAAGAAACACAGAACAAACCCGAAAUAUUAGAUGGAAACCUGGCAAGUGGCUACGACCAGUGUAAAAGGGAGGAUAUUCCAGAUGCUGACAAAAUCAAAACUAAACAAGACGUACCUGUAGCAUUUGCCAUUCCUGCUCACGAGACUUUUUUUCCAUCUGGUUAUCUUAUUCCUCUUACUCAGUGUGCCCAUGGCAACAAGGCAGGCUUUUCUAGUAACGAGAGAGCUGGGCUCUGCUCAUUACAGCACACUGCCUACAGCUCGCCCAUCGCUGGUGUCAUUCCAGUGACAGCACCUGAACUGAAAGCAGUUAACAUUCGACAUAUAACACCCUUGAAUAUAAUGUUGUCACCCACUUCCAUAGCUGCUGCACCUGUGCUGAGAAACUCCUGCCUCAAUUCAAGCAACACCAGUUCUGCCCCAAACCCAGGCUCCUCAGUUCUCAACUUUACGCUGCAACACGUAGGACUAAUACCCACUGGCAUGCAAGUUGCCACAAAUCCUUUUCUUCAGCAUGUGCCAGUCUCCUCACAACCAGAAAAUGUUAGCCAAAGCUCAGAAAACGGGAACUUACAAGAAGAGAAUCCUUCUGCUCCAAAGGAACCCCAAGAGCCCCAGACAGUUACAGAAAACUUUUUCCGCACUCCGGGAGGGCCGAACACGGUGUCUUCACUAUCUGCAAAUUCAGGUGGUACUGACAGAAUCUCUCAAGGAACUCUAUAUAUUCCUCAGCGAAAACUUGAAGUGUCAGAAGACUAA